AAGUUCAGACAAAAAAACAAAUCUCAAAACACAAAAACAAUCGAUUGAAAAAAGUCAUCCGCCAUCUUGAAAAAGUCGCCAUUUUGAAAACUGGUAUUAGUGAAAAUGUUUUUAUUAAUCGAGAUGCAACGGAGAGAAGCGGCGCUGGGGAUCCUACUCCUGCUCCUAAUGUCCUUAACGAGGGACUCCUCCGAAGCCCUGAGCACAUUCGGGGUAUCAAAUACGAAGCCGCCCAUCGCAAAGCCCACGACGCCACCCGCUCGUCCAUGCUCGCGGCAGGCUGAAUGCGCCGGCAUCUCUAGCAGUUCGUGCGUGAGGACCCACUACGACCCGGUGACACGAUGCCUUUGUGGGGACAACUCCCCCCCUCUCAACGGCCAGUGCGAAGCUCAGGCAAAAUCUCUGUACCACGCAUGCGCUAACAGCGACGAAUGUAAUGAAGGUUUGAUCUGUUUGAUGCCGAAUAUUACGGGUACUGCGCCACCUCACCUGCGGGUGCACGCGCCGCAGGACAAGAUCUGCCUGUGUGACACCGAGGCUGGCUUCAACGAGAAGGAUCACACUUGUAAUGAUGGAGAUAUACUAAAAACCUCUCUUUUCGCUAUCAUCACUGUAACCUGCAUACGGAAAAUCCUUACGCAUUAAAAUCUACGUGUGAAUUUUAAGUUUUAUCAUGUUUUUCGGCAUUUGCGUACUUUUAUAAAUAAAUACAGUCAAAUACAAUGUUCAAGGCCCCUUGCAACGGCUAAAAACUGCUGGUGACCGCUAAAUACUACUAAAGGAUGUAAUUAUUCAAUCAAACGGCUUUCAUACGCUAUGAAGCAUGAGUGGCCCUUGUACUGUUGAAUUUUUUAAACAAAUAAAUAAAAUUUAAACAUCAAGCAUUAUAUUGGAUAAA